AACGGAUGUAUUCUGGCGUGUUACAGAACCGUUUCACGUUGUCUUUUUUGCUGUAGGUGGACUUGUGAGCUGAGGGCUUCAAGUCCAGUGAGACUCUGGCGAAGAAGAUGAUUCAGCUGUAUAAGCUGUGCAGCAAGCAGCUUUCCCGGCAGGACCACUACGACUUCAGCAUGAGAGUCGUCAACUCUGUUAUCGUCAUGGCCGGGUCUCUGAUGCGAGAGAACCCAGUGAGAACGUGGUGUUGAUUAGAGCACUACGAAACUCCAACCUGCACAAGUUACUCAAGGAUGACGCAGAACUUAAAAUAAAAUAAAUUGAUAAAUAGUAAAGAACGCCAAAGCUUACAUAUGGAGUAUCAAAGGUGUUGGCUCAAAUUUAGCCUAUUACCCAAAAACACUUAAAAUUCAACUUAGAAGCCAAUACUCACAUCUACCUCUGAGCCCAGUUGGAGAUAGAAAAAAUACACCAGCCAUGAGUGAGAAGAAGCAAGGGUCCAGAUUUAUUGUUCCGUUCCACCACACGAGAUCCACACCGAUGAGAAUUCUCAGAAGUGAUCCCCCAUACCCUGAGCCUAAGCUCCAGUAUUUAUACUGUAUUUACUCAGUAAAUAACCCAUAUGUUUCAAGAAGACUAUGAUAUCAAUACCAAUAGGGUUAAAAAAGAGCUCAUCUACCUUACUCUUAUGUUCCAGAAAAGGGCUAUUCCACUUUCACAUAGAAUCAAAACCAGGGGUUCUCAAAUUACACAGAAAAUCAAAACCAAGGGAUUUCUGAUAACCCAGAAAAUCAAAACCAAGGGAUUCUACUAAACCAGAGAAUCAAAACCAAGAGAUUUCAAUAACCCAGAGAAUCAAAACCAAGGGAUUUGAAUAACCCGUAAAAUCAAAAGUGGAGAGACAAAACAUUAUCGUUAUCACAGGAUCACUGGAAUCAGGCACUAGGAGGAAAUUCCAGGACAAAUUAGGAAAUACAAUUAACUGACAUUUGCAAAUUCUUUGCAUCUAAAAAGCUGUAAUUAUAUACUAUAUAACUUUUUUUUAAAGCAUUUAAAGUAUAUAACAUUAGCACCUUGUAAUGUUAUACCAGAUGAAAGUAAAGAAUCCUGGAACAUCUGAACAUCCAUAAUCUGAAAAUCUUGAACCUAGUGUCAAUCGAGUCAAUCCAAUCCUUCUUGUGUGCGUUUAGCGGUAUUCUGUCGGACCUCUUUCCUGGUGUGGGCGUCCCCGAGCAUGACUACGGCGUGCUUCAGUCGAACAUCGAGGCAGCUCUAUGCGCCCGCUCCCUGCAGCCCGUCUCCAGCAUGACCGCCAAGGUGAUCCAGCUGUACGAGACCAUGCUGGUGCACCAGGGCGUCUUGCUGGUGUGCCCUACAAGAGGCGGUAAGACCACAGCGUACCGUGCCCUCGCUGACGCACUGCGCACCCUCCACGAGACAGAGGGCUGCGAGGUGAAUCUCUUAUACAAGCCCAUCGAGACCGACGUGCUCAACCCGCAGUCAGUGAGCAUGGACGAGCUGUAUGGUGAAGACGACCCUCUCACACUGGAGCGGAGUGCCAUCAAACCGUCCCUCGGCAGUGACACCGCCGACACGCACAAGUGGGUGGUGAGUGACGUACCUGUGGACGUGCCUGUGGAUUGAGAAAAUUACCCCCGUGUUGGACAACAACAAGACGCUCUGUCUGGCUAACGGUGAAAGGAUCAAGCUCACACCUUCUACACACAUGUUAUUCGAGGUGUUACCCAUCAGACACAGAUAGCACCGGUCCUAAAAACCAUCACAAACAAGCACAAGCAUGUCAUUUCCAAGAAGAUUUUUUUUUACAUUAAAUGCAUUCCUGAUGGAAAGGUCACACACGAACGUAUCUUUAAGACUUCACUCUUUCACACGCCUAUAACGAGCGAUAAACGCAUUCGAAGCAUGUUAUAAAGCCUCCGUAAUGCAUUACGCAUAGUAUUUAAAUAAAUAUUAUUAUAAUAACAUGCACUACACUACAUUAUGAAUUCUUAACGUAUUGUUAACACGUCUUUACUGUGAGCGGGAUGAUGACCAGACGCAGGCAGGCUCCCGGGUACUCAUAUCCGUAGACGUACUGAUACCGAGCCAUUCUGGCCACGCACUUAUCCAGAUCCACGUCCCAGUAUUAGCACAGCUGCCUCUGCCACUCAAAGUUACUGCUCGAGUC